AUGAAAAUUUCCUUGUUGAGCGAUUUACACAUUGAACAUUUCGAGAGUUAUCAAAAGUUUCAAGACAAGUAUCAAGAACGAUUUCAUCGGAAACUUUUGAAAGAGUGGCCAUGUGAGGACACAGGAGGAGCUGAUGUGUUGAUUCUCGCUGGAGAUGUUGCGAAUGUGAAAAAAGAGAGUUUUAAAGAGUUUUUGGAGGAUGUGAGUCAACAAUUUAAACAUGUGCUUUAUGUGGCAGGAAAUCAUGAAUUUUAUGGAAACGAAUAUUAUAGUUGUGUGGAGAACAUGAAACAAGUGUGCAAAGAGUUCAAUAAUGUCCAUUUUCUGGAUCAAUCAGUGGUGGAAAUACAAGAUGACGAAACAGGAGAAGUGAUUGUUUUUAUUGGAUGUAUUUUGUGGAGUCAAAUUCGACAAGAAUCACAAAAUUAUGUUGAAAAAUCCAUGAAUGAUUACAAGAAAAUCAAAAUUCAACACAACAUGACCAUGUCAGAAGAAGUGAAUCUCACUACCAAUGAUACCAACAAGUGGUUCGAAGAACAAUUACAAUUCAUUGAAAGACAACUCGAUAUUGUUAAAAAACAAGAAAAUAAGAGAGCCAUUGUGGUGACUCAUCACGCACCUCUCACGAAAGGAGUAAGCGAUCCAAAAUAUGAAAAUAGCACGAAUGAAUGGACACGACAAUUAAACAUGGCAUUUGGCACGGAUUUGUCACACUUGAUGGGACCACCAGUGAUUGCAUGGUUUUUUGGACAUACUCAUUUCUCAUCGAGACAAUGCUGUCGUAACACCAUUGUGGCCAGUAAUCAGUUGGGAUACUUGUUUGGAAAUUUGGAUCAAACAAAUGAAUUAUUUGACGGGUUUUGGAUUUUGGAUACGAAUCAAAUGGAUUAUUCCAAAUUUAAGGAAGUGAAUUUGCAGAAAAGUAUGGAACCAACCACGAUGGAUGCUGUUGCUUCGACCAAUUCCAAUUCCAAUCAUAACCACAAGAAGAAGUGUCUUUGCAUGUAA